CGGUGUCGCUGUCCCUUCAGUGUGGCGCUCGGCUUCCUCCUCCUCCCAUAACCCUGUGCGCUGCCCGCUGGGCCCGCCUCUCUGUAAACAUGGCGGCGGUGUCGGUGUUUCCCGGCGUGCGGCUCCUCAGUAUCGGGGACGCGAAUGGGGAGAUCCAGAGACACGCUGAGCAGAGGGAGCUGCGGCUGGAGGCCCGGGGAGGCGACAUUGCGCUGUACAACGCUGAAAACGUCUGCGUGUUCAAAUGCACGGUCUCGCGCGACACGGAGUGCAGCCGGGUGGGGAAACAGUCUUUCAUUGUCACCCUGGGCUGCAACAGUGUCCUGGUCCAGUUUGCCACACCAGCAGAUUUCUGCUCCUUUUACAACAUCAUCAAGGGCUGCCGAACUCCGGCCUCGGAGAAGAGCGUGUUCAGCGAGCGGACAGAGGAGUCGUCGGCGGUACAGUACUUCCAGUUUUACGGGUAUCUCUCACAGCAACAGAACAUGAUGCAGGACUAUGUGAGGACCGGAACGUACCAGAGGGCCAUACUGCAGAACCAUACGGACUUCAAAGACAAGGUGGUGUUGGACGUUGGUUGCGGCUCAGGAAUCCUCUCCUUCUUUGCAGUUCAGGCCGGUGCCCGCAAGGUGUACGCAGUGGAAGCCAGCACCAUGGCACAGCAUGCAGAGCUGCUGGUGAAAAGCAACAAUCUGACCGAUCGCAUUGUGGUCAUACCCGGCAAGGUAGAGGAGACCGCCCUCCCAGAGCAGGUGGAUAUUAUCAUCUCUGAGCCAAUGGGGUACAUGCUGUUUAACGAGAGGAUGCUGGAGAGUUACCUGCACGCAAAGAAGUUCCUCAAGCCUAAUGGUAACAUGUUCCCCACAAUAGGAGACGUGCAUUUGGCGCCAUUCACAGACGAGCAGCUUUACAUGGAACAGUUUACAAAGGCCAAUUUCUGGUACCAGCCAUCGUUUCAUGGAGUGGAUCUCUCAGCUCUGCGCGGGGCAGCGGUGGACGAGUAUUUCAAGCAGCCAGUCGUGGACACCUUCGAUAUCCGGAUCCUCAUGGCCAAAUCAGUCAAGUACACAGUGAAUUUCCUUGAUGCCAAAGAGGCCGAUCUGCACAGGAUAGAGAUCCCUUUCUCCUUCCACAUGCUGCACUCCGGCUUGGUGCACGGUUUAGCUUUCUGGUUUGACGUGGCCUUUAUCGGAUCCAUAAUGACCGUCUGGCUGUCGACAGCCCCGACCGAGCCUCUCACUCACUGGUACCAGGUCCGCUGUCUCUUACAGUCGCCGUUAUUCACCAAAGCCGGGGACACCUUGACCGGCACCGCGCUGCUCAUUGCCAACAAGAGGCAGAGUUAUGAUAUCAGUAUUGUUGCUCAGGUGGAUCAGACUGGGUCCAAGUCAAGUAACCUGCUGGAUCUGAAGAACCCCUUCUUCAGGUACACGGGCUCCACGCCGUCUCCUCCCCCCGGCUCCCACUAUUCCUCCCCUUCAGAGAACAUGUGGAAUACGUCAGGGGCAUACUCAAUGAACACAGGAAUGGGCAUGGGAGGAAUGCCCAACGCCUAUGAUCUCAGCAGUGUUAUAGCUGGAAGCUCAGGCAUCAGCCACAGUAACCUCAUCCCUCUAGGUGAGCAGCCUGCAGUGUCCUGCCCUCCCGCGCCGCUGCACCCGGAGCCCCAAGACCUGACACUCGGAUCCUCCACAAACACGGGGAUUGUCAAUCACACUCACUCCAGGAUGGGAUCCAUCAUGAGCACGGGGAUAGUGCAAGGAUCCGCGGGGGGCCAGGCCGCCUCCAACACCACCAGCCACUACCCUGUCAACAACCAGUUCACCAUGGGAGGCCCCGCUAUCUCCAUGGCUUCUCCCAUGUCUAUCACCACCAACACAAUGCAUUAUGGGAGUUAAAGCUUGCUCAGUCUCACCUUCCUCCCUGCUCCCUUGUCCUCCUCAAACUGACAGCAUCAGGAUACCAAAUGAUCGCAGAGCAACCUCUCUGCCCUUCCUUCCCCUCCUCCCCCUCGGCCAAAACUGCCGACACCUUUGCCCCCCCCCCUCACCUCCACACCUGCCCCCUCCUCUUCUGCCUGAGCAAAUCCUCUUGCUUUCUCAAUAUGGACUUGUACAUUUUUUAAUGAAAUAUAGUACCCCACCCCCUCACUUUAUGGAAAAAAAAAGGAACAAAAAUAGCAAAUUGAGGGGGCGGGGUUUAAUCUUGACGCUUGUACGUUACGGAGAAAUUUAAACCAAUCAUGUGUUGCUUCUCAAACUGCCGCGCCUAGCACGUGGGGCCUCCUCCCUCUGUGCCGCCUUAGAGCCAUUGCUGUGAAUUAGUAUCAUGGUUGCCUAUUGGGAAAAGACAGGCUUGAAGGUUGUUGUUGUGGGGGGGGGGGGGGGGGGGUUAUAGGGCAAGGAGAGGGAGCCGGCCCUUUAAGCAGUGGGCACCAUUGCAGGAAUAGGGUGAUCCCGACUCUCCGGUUGUUUCACCGGUUCCGACUCAUGACCAACGCUUCUUUAUAUAUUUUCUUCUUUUUGGAAGGCGACAGAAUGAAUUGCUGCAAUGAAGUCGUUAGAAUUAGCUGGAAGCCAACCCUGCGCUACUUUCAUUGUGUCACGAAACACUAACUAUUCUGGGGUAGAUGAAAUAAGCCGUUGGUCCAACCCCCCCUGCCCGCCCCGGGGUAACAGAGACUCUCUCUGCCCCGUACGGGAGCGACAGUCAUGUGGUCGGUGUUGUACGAAGGGUUAGGAUGAUUGUUUAUUAAAGCCAAAACCCCUAUUGAAAUGUGAAUUUGCUUUAUCCCCCCCCCCCCCCGUCCCUCUACUUGGACUGUGUCCGACUUUCCGUGCAACAGGUUCCGUUAUUUUGGCCUUUUCCUUCUUCCUACCUCUGCCCUCGCCGCGACGUUGUUAGCGCAUGGUCGGAAUGCAUCGAGAUGGCCCAAGUGUCCGUCCUUUUUAGCGUUUUUCUUUCUUCUAUAAAAAUUGCUUGUCGCCCCCCCCCCUCCCUCCUGCUUAGACCCCCAUAGUAUAGCCUUGUGCCUGUAAACUAGCCUUGUCCCCCUGAAGCCCCGCCCCCUGCUGCUUAGUGUCUACUCAUUUGCUACUUUUUAGUAUUUUAUUUCUCUUUUUUCCAGGGAAUUUGUCGUCUCGCAGGAUCCCUCGUUAUUUGUACUCUGUCCGUUUAUUAUUAUUUGUGUCUCGUCUGUCCCGCGUGGGGCGGCAGAUUGUAGUUGUAAGAUGGGUUUUCAGAGUUGGUUGGUUGGUGGGGGUGGGGGGGGGGCUGGGACGUCUCAGGACGAAUAGGAAACCGUUUCUAACACAACUGCUGUUCUCCCCUUUGCCUGUAGUGUUCAAUAAAGUUGGGAGGGAUUUU